UUUCACAUUUUUCUCGAUAUAUCCGGGGGGAAACUUCAAAUUCUAUUACGAAAAAUUCAUUUCAAACCUUGUGCUGUCUGUGGGGGACACACAUACAAAAUUGCAGAAAAAAUGCCCAGAAGAUGUUUACCAAAAUUAUACGUAAAUAUGGCAAUGUGUAUCUGAAGCACGGAUAUCCAUGCCACACCAGUGGGUCGCCACAGCGACCACUGCACAAUUGGGACCGGCAGAAUGCGGAGCACGAACAGCGACGGAAGGCCAUACCGAAGCUGGUGUAUCUGCACAAUCCGUGGAAGUAUCUGAUGACCAAAUUCAAUCUGUUUAAACUCAAGCUGCUGUGGGAUCCGAAAUUCUCUGAAUCGGAAUUCAUCGAGGGCUCCAAGCAGGCGGCCAUCGUCAUGACGGACAUCAUUCGGCUGCAGAGCGCCGAGAAGAUCAGCGAGUACACAACGCCGGUCGGCUUCCAGCAGAUCACCCGCGACAUGCUGCUAUCCCGCGACGACAGUCGGCUGCAGUUGGUCCGCUUCCAGAAGGAGCAUCUCCGUCGCGCCAUACCCAUGAAGGUGGCGCGCCGCCAGAACUUUGGGCGGAAGUAUGCCUUCAUCGAUAUGCUCUUUGUGGGGCUGCGCAACACUAGGGACUUUGAGUCCCCAUCGGAGGUGGUGCAGGUGAACGAGAUCCUGCGGCGGAUGGACAACGAGCUUAAGACUCCUCCCCAUGCGCUCUCCGUGCCGCAUCGCAUUGUCUUUGCCGAGAUUUUCAUACGCUUUCGGCGUGACUACACCGAGGAGGCCAGGCGCACCUUGGAGGCACAGCAUCGUAUGGCACCACCGGGCUACCCCUUCACCAACCAGUUAAAUUUUCCAUUCUCUCCGCAAGCGGCGCUCUCAAAAGGUAUCGAUCCACAGUCACAGGACCCGUCACUAGAACCACAACCUGCACAGGCGCUGACGACGGGAUCCAGCCAGAACCCAUCCAGGGCAGCGCUGCCGCACACGGGCCGCGUUCUGCCACGCUUCGACGAUCCUGGCUGGUCGGUGUCCUUCUAUAAGAUCCUUACCUUCGAUGUGCUGAACUACGAUCCCGGGCGCAAGGGUAAACGCUAGCAUCGAGAGAAUUGGAAGAUCUCUUGCUCCGAAGGGUUUCACUUGGUGUAGUUUGAAUAAAGCCCAGCCCAAGGUCUUUGCUACCUUUGCCAAAGCU